GCAUCUUCUAAGCGCCCACCCGCUGACUUUUGAGGCCCUCGCCACUCAAGACUCUUCUCUUUUUGCUCGCGUGCCUCAGCAAUUCUACCGGUUUUGCUCUUUCUAACUGAUGAUGCACAAAACGAAAGAGUUCCCAAUAAUAUUGAGAACUAACGGGUGCCUGAAAACGACUGAUACUCACUCAGCUUAGACCGUCCAAACAAGAGGCUCCCUUUCGUCAUCGAGGGUCUUGAAGAGUUGCCUACCGGGGUCUAGUAGUAAACUCCACCCCCACUGCGAGAGACUUCCUCUUGUUGGCUCAUCGGUUGGUUAAUGUGAGAGAAGAGAGCAAUAGAGGAUCCAUGAUCGUCGUCGAUCCGGAGCUUUUUCCCUACCUACCUAUUUGUAACAAAACAUUUCUAUUCGCUUCUCAACUGUGACUUUGCUCUUUCUUCUUACUGUGCCGUAUCUCGUCAUUGACUGAUCGUGACAACCUCAUGGACUAGAAGUAGCUUUAUUAUCUUACACAAUGAAUCCAACUCCUCCGCCGUAUGAGGAGGUUCCUCAGAGCAAAUUGUUGCCCGGGGAUACCCAUGAAUCACAUCAGCAUUUGUUACCACCUUCGCCAUCACCAAACCUCUUGUCUUCAAAGGUUGAUAGUUCGAGUUUUGAUGACUUCCACCGAAUGUCAUCGAGUCCAUCUCCUUGCCCCUCGCCAAUACCUCUAAGACAUUUCUCGCAGCAAGGAUUCGAUUUACCAGCCGAAACUCCACCGUCGAAAUGGAGGCAGUUCUGGAUAAAGAAUAAGCCCGCUGCCUACGUUGCUCUAUCGCAAUUCUUCGGGGCACUGAUGAAUCUCAGUGCUCGUCUAGUCGAACUCGAAGGCGACGGCAUGCAUCCCGUUCAGGCCCUACUUAUGAGACACUCCAUCACAGCACUAUUCUGUUCGGCUUAUAUGUGGUGGAAUAAAACCCCCGACUUUCCCUUUGGAAAGAAGGAGAUUCGAUGGCUGUUGUGGCUGCGAGGAGCAAGUGGUUUCUGGGGUAUUUUUGGCGUUUGGUAUUCGAUGAUGUAUAUCUCACUCGCUGAUGCUACUGUUAUCACAUUCUUGGCUCCCGGUGUUGCAGGCUUUAUCUGCUGGUUUGCUCUUCGUGAGCCUUUCACUAGAAUCGAGCAACUGGCCACGUUGGUUGCUCUUGUAGGUGUUGUACUAAUUGCUCGACCUGCCUCACUAUUCUCGGGCUCUGACGAUGACAACUCGACUACCGAGCCGCCCGAAUCUAGUGGUAUACCAGGUAUUGACCAUGAAGCCACCCCUGAAGAACGCUUGAUAGCUGUUGGUAUAGCCCUUCUGGGUGUUCUAGGAGCAGCUGGCGCCUUCACGACCCUCCGAACCAUCGGGAAACGAGCACAUCCUCUCAUCUCAGUCAACUAUUUUGGUAUCAUCUCGACUUUCAUCGCUCUAUCCAUGCUCAUCUUUGCCCCUAUCCUCGAUAUUCAGCAACCAGGUUUACGAUGGGUUACCCCGACCACAGUCAAGCAAUGGGUACUCCUGCUUCCCCUGGGUGUUCUGGGUUUCAUCAUGCAGUAUCUUCUCACGGCAGGCCUCGGGGCCGACAAGUCAAACCGUGCUAAUUCCAUGGUUUACACACACAUGCUUUUCGCCGCAAGCUUCGAUCGAUGGGUCUUUGGACACAGAAUGGACUUCAUUAGUGGCGCAGGAUGUACUCUUAUUCUAGGAAGUGCUAUUGGUGUCGUCAUGCUGAAGAAACCACCAGCUGCAAAACAGCCUUUGGAUGAUGUUGAGAGACAUGGAAAUUUGGAGGAUGAAAUGGAGGGCUCCCCCAUGCUUGUGCCCGAUUCAGGGGCGUCCGAGGAACUGAGGCUUUCGAGAUAAAAGUUAAAAAACCGUUUGAAUAUUUGUAUACAUCGCUUAGACUGUCCGAAAUGUUUACGUUGGACCGUUACACCUCAACAAGAAGCGCCACACUCUAUUUUGACUUUGGAAAUGAGUCUGCUCAACUCUAUUGUAGGACUUUCUUGAUUAGCGAGACAAGGAUGAAUCAGGUGCGAUUGC